GGAGCAAUUUGUAAUUGUGGUCAUAUCUCAAGGAUGUUCUGAAAUUUAUCUUAUCCCAAAGGACCAACAUGAGAAAAAGAAGUGGGAAAUAUCUUUUGCAAACCACAGCAAAACCCAACAAAACCAUGGUGGCAGUUGCUUCACAGUGAGAGCAGAGAACCAAAACAAGAUGUUUAUCACUCAUCUUCCUAAACUCCAUUCCCACUUCUCCAUUUUCUGCCCAAAACCCAAGAUUCUCAUCACCUCCACACUCUUAUCCAAAUCCAAAACAACCCCAUUUUCCCAUUUUUCAUCAGUUACAGCAGCAGCCAACACACUCCUCCAAAGCCCAGAUUCACAAACCAAGAAUUUGGAACUUGAAGAUGCUCAAGAACAAAAUACCCACAUAGAAAUUUCAGUUGAAAAGCUAUUUGUUCCACCUGAUACUGAUAUUUCUUCUGGUUCAAGGCCCUUGAGUGCUAGGAUUUUAAAAGGGUCAAAUAUUGUGCUCAGCAAAUAUGCUGGGGAUGCUCAAGUGGAGCAAGCUGAGUUUGUGAAGAGCAGUGUGGAGACUGAGGAAUGUCCCUCUGAUGGAAAGCCUGAGUUUGCUCUUGUUGGGAGGUCCAAUGUGGGCAAAUCUUCUUUGCUUAACUCGCUUGUGAAGCGUAAAAGGCUUGCUCUUACUUCCAAGAAACCAGGUUUUCAUACGUUCUUUGCUUGAAACCUUUUGUAAAAUGGCUGUAAAUUCGAUAACGUGUGAUUCUUGAUUGUAGAAAAGAUGUGAUCUUUGAGGGUUCUUUG